AUGAAAGGAUAAUUGGAUGAUGAGGAGGAAAAUGAGAAUCUUAUUGAGACUGAAUAAAAAGGAUUGGAUUAUUUUUUAACAAAGGUCAAGGUAGUAAUUUUCAAGGUUUUAUUUGUGUUGGCAAAAGAAGAGAAAGCAGAUGAUUAGAUGAUUUACUUUUAUAUAUUGACUUCAUUGGAUUACGUUUAGAUGCAUUCAUUUCCAUUCAAUAAUAAAAUACUUUAUAUUUGGAAAGCUGAUUCGUUUUUAACAAAUAUUUUAAAUUUUGUAAAUGUGUUUUCAAUUUCAACAUAUGUACCAAAUCUAUCAUAUUUUGCAUUGUUAGUGUCAGUUUAUAUAUGUUUGAGUGCAAUAUUAUUAAUAAUAUUGAAUAUCAUAUAUGUAUCAUACUCAUUUUCAUAGAAUAAAUUUAAAUUUAUGUGGCCUGUAUAUGUAUUGAGGUAGGUAGCAUUUUAUUUUGUGACAGUAUUUUUUUUACCAAUCACAGAAACUUUAACAUCAAUAUUAUAAUGUUAUAAUGAUCCAGAAACAAAUGAAUAUGUGAUAUAUGGAUAUGAUGAAAUAAAUGUGUAAUGUUGGUAAGGAUGGCAUAUAUUUCAUGCAUUAAUAACAUUAUUAUUUAUGUUAAUUUUUGUAUUGAUAUGUGCAAUAGUAGCUUAUGCAUUUUUUGAACCUGGUAUGACAAGUGGAAAUAAGACAGCAAGAUAAGAUAGUAAUGGAGAAGUAGCAUUUAUAAUAAACAAAGUUACAUGUUAAGUUUUGUAUUGUUUUUUAGGUAAAAAUGAAUCAUGGAUUUUAAUUUUAACCACAUUUACUUUAUCUGCUUGGUUGUUUAAAGAAUAUAAUUUUGCAGAUCCAAUUUAUGAUUUUGAAGUUGGUAGAUUUUAUUCAAUUAUAAGUUGUUAUUAUUUUUGGGCUAAUAUUAUGUUGGUUAUAUGUAAAAUAUAGGAGAACUCUGAUUUUUCUGGUGGAUUGAUUGCUUGGGUAAUAGGGCUUCCAUUUAUAGUUUCUAUUAUGUUAACAACUAAGAAAUCUAAGAUUGAUACAUUAGUUAGAGCUUAGAAUAAGUUUUCAAGUGGAGAAGAUGUAUGGAUACAUAUCAGAUAUGUUCUUUAACUGAUAUCUUAAGCUGACACUGAUAGAAAUUCUUAUAUGCUUUUGAUUGGAUAUAUUGAGAAACAUAAAGAGACUUGUAAAUUGAAUGAUUGCUAUUUUAAAUAAAGAAGAAAGAUUUAAAAUUCAGAAUAAUUAGAUGAUUUAAAAAGAGGAUUAAUAAUUGAAUUAGAUAAAAUGUUUAGAUUAGGAUUGAGAAAGUUUUGGUCAUCUGCAUCAUUGAGAAUAUUUUAUGCUUUAUUUUUAAUGGAAAGAAGAAACAAUAAAAACGAUGCAUAUAUUUAAUUCAAUUUGGUUUCUUAAAAAAGUAAACCAAAGUUUUUCUAAUAGUUUAUUACUUAUAGAUAUAUGUAAUUUAAUUAUUAUAAUAUAGGAAGAUCAUUAAGGAUAAAAGUGAUGAUGUAGUUGAUGCUAUAGCAAACUAAAAUAAUAAAAGCGAACUUUAUUCAAAAAUGAAGAUGGCAUCCUUAUAUUAUAAAACCUUUUGGAAUGAAUUAAAAGAAGAUCAACCAAAUUUAGUAAGAUUAAUGCAUAUAGGUGCUUUGAUUACUAAAGUAAGUAAUCAAGUUAUGGAGAAACAUUAAGAAAUGAAUAAAAAGAAUUCGUUAGGAUUUGCUGAUUUGAAAGCCUUGGCAAACUUUUAUUGUCAAGUUUUUAAUGAUUCUUUUAUGGGUCAUAUUUUAAAGAAUUAGUAUAAAUUAGCUAAAUAAUAAUUAUAAGUGAAGGUUGAAGAUGAAGAUUUGAUUGAAAACAAUAUAGAGAAACAUCCAAUUCCAUUUAUUUAAGUUUAAGCUAGAAAAUCUGAAAUAGGAAAGAUAAUUAAUCUUAAUUCUCUAUUUACAACAUAUUUCGGUUAUCAAAAAGAGGAACUCAGAGGUAAGUCAAUUAAUAUAUUAAUGCCAAGAGUUUAUGCAGAAUAACAUGAUAAUUAUUUAAUUGAGUUUUUUGAUAAUAUGUUAAUAAAUAUGUAAAAUGAUGGAGAUUAUCCAAGAACUUAUAUUGAUUAAGAAUAAUUAUAAUUUUAUAGGCAUAGAAAUGGUUACAUAAUCCCAUUUAUAUAUAAAGUAAGCUUUAAUAUAGACUCUUUAUAAUAUUUAGUAUGUUUCAAAAGUGAUCCUACUUUUAAAGGUUAAGCGGUUUUUAUUAUUGAUUCUGAUACAACCAUAAUUGAGAUGUCUUCAGGUUCAAUUUAAUAUUUUGAUAUAGAAUUGAGACAUAUUAAAUAAAUUAUAAAUUUGAAUUCUCUUUUACCAGAUAUACUCAAUUAAAAUGGUAAAUAAGUUUAAUAUCAUAAAAUUGGAUAAAAUAAUAUUGAGAUUGUAUAUUAUUUUCAAUGUUCAGUAAAGGAAAUAGAGAUUACUUAAAUUAUUAAUGAAAACUUACUCUUAGAAUUGCAAGCAUCUAAAAAACUAAUAAAAUCUGGAUAUUGGUUAGUUAAAUUGGAGAAAAUUGAUUUUACUGAUGUUUUAGGAGGUAGAAAGGCAUCAACUUUUAUUCAUAAUGCUAGAAAUUUGUUACCAAAUUAAAGUAGAUAAUCUAUUUAAAUUACAUAAAGACAAUCAAUUUCUAUUACUUAAAAAUUAAUACCCUCUCGUGCUAAUUAAACAGUUUAAUCAUUAGAUACAUUGGCUUUAAGAAUUGAUACUAAUUUUGAAUAUGAUUAAAAUUUGGUAUAGUUUUUACAAGAUUUAUACACAGAAUAAAGAUAUGAAGAUUAUAAAGACAUUUUAAGUUAAUAAGAGGAUUAAUAAACAUAAACAAAAUUGGAUUAUGGAUCAGAAAUCAGAGUAAGAAGAUUAAUUAAUAAUUAAAUUCUCAAUAUAGAUGAAGAAAAAGAAUAAUGGUUUUUAAAGUAAUUGGAGGAAGAAGAAUAAGAGAAUUCUAUCUUUAGGAAUAAUAUCAAUUAAGAUGAUUAUGAUAAUGAUCAUAGGAUUAUUAAUAAUAUGUAAUCACAAAUGAAAAUAAGAAAUGCAUUAUCUUAAAAUCAUAGACAUAGUAAAAUAAGUAAAUUCUGUCUCUAUGCUAAUAUUUGGAUAGCCUUUAUAGUAAUCAUUACUGCUUUACAAUAUUAUUUCUGUUAAUUAAAUUUUGAAGGGUUUACUUCUCAUAUUAAAGCUAUUUACUAAAUUAAUAAUGAAAUAAUUAAUUUAAAUCUCCUUAUUUCAAGAGCAUUGGAUUUAUGUAUGGACUAUUAAUUCAAUUUCACUCAGUUACAAGUUGAUAUUCAAGAGUCUGUAUAAUUAAUUAUAAAUUUUGAUUCUGAUCUUAAUCAAGAAUUUUAUAGAAUUUAUUUUGAUUAUGAAAGUAUUAAUCUAAGAAUCUAUAAAAGAUUUGAUAUAUAUGAAGAUAUAUUAUUAUCAUUAGAAAGUGCAAUACUCUUAAUUACAUCUGAAUGUUUAAAUCUAUCUAUUACUCAAUCCAAAAAUGAAUUUAAUAGCAAUUCUAUUUAAAUUAUACUUUAUAAUUACUUCAAUUAAAUACAUGAUCCAUUGAUCAAAAUUUCUUAAGUUAUAUAUGAGGAUGUUAAAUCUUAAGUUUAAUAUCCUGAUUUGAAUUUAUUAAUAUCCUUAUUAGUGUUAUUUAUUGGAACUACAAUUGGUAUGAUCAAAUUUAUUACUCUAAUGUUGGAAAUCAAGAUAGAUAGAGAGAAUGUUAUAUUUCUAUUUCUUGAGAUCCCCUAAAAUGAUGUUUAAAAUUUAUCAAAAAAGGUAGAUAAGUUUUUAAAGUUCUAUAAUGAAGAUCUAAAGAAACUUAGUAAUUUCGAUUAAGAUGAAUCAAGUGAUGAAGAUGAAGAAUAAUAAUUAAUUGAUUUGUAACAACAUGUAGAGGGUUAAGAUAAGAUGAAUUCUAAAGCUAUUGAAGAAGACAAUCAAUAUCAAUUAUAAUUGAAGAGGAGAAAAAUCAUUUAAAAAUAUCGAAAAAGCAAAUUAAAAGGCAAUUAAGGAAUAAUUGUAUAGUAUGAUAAUAAUAUAUUAGAUUUCUUUUGAUAGCUUUACUUACCUUAGUUUUUGCAGUGUACAAUAUAAUUAGUAGUGCCAAUGAG